AUUUCCCCAUGCUUGGAGGGCUGGGUCUGGGGCUAAAGCAGAAGCGCAAGACGAGCACCGACUUUUACAUGCCGCCUCCAUCUUCCAGCAUGAUCGAUCGGUCCAGGCUGCGAUACGGCGUCCUCGCGCUCCUCGUGUUCAUUACGGUCAUGUCGCUGUCGACCCUCAACACGUCGCUGCGGUCGACGCCGUCGUUCCGCGUGCCGCCGCCGCCGUCCACGUCGCAGUUGGCGAUUGCGUGGGAGCACCUUCCCGACCGAUUCGAGCUGGGCUUUGUCGCAGAUUUGGACAAGGCGAGCAAGGUCUCGGACAGCAAGAAGCCGCUGUUCCAGUCGUACUUUCAAAAGGCCAUUCUACAGCGUCACGACCGGCCGGAUACGUCGUCGGUGGCCGACAGCAGCGCCGCCGCCCAGUUCGAGUACUCUGUCACAUGGAAAGACAUGGCGACGUUCAGCACGACGCUCAACGAAGCCGGGCGCGGGUUCGAGCUGAGCGAGUUGGCGUGGUUCCAGGGGCAGCUGCACUCGUUCGACGAUCGCACGGGGCUCGUGUUCCGCCUCGAUCACUUUUCCAUGCGCGACGGACCCAAUGACAUGCGCGCGGUGCCGGUGGCAAUCGCCAUGGAAGGCAACGGCGAGACGACCAAGGGCCAGAAGCACGAAUGGGCCACCGUAAAAGACGGCGAGCUGUUUAUGGGCAGCAUCGGCAAAGAGUUCACGGCCGGCGCCCAAGUCAUCCACGAGAAUAACAUGUGGGUGAGCAUCCUAUCGCAUAAUGGCGCCGUCCGCCAUGAGAACUGGACGGACCGCUUCAAAAAAGUGCGGGAGGCCGUCGGCUGCGGGUACCCGGGGUACGUGAUCCACGAAGCGAUCGAGUGGAGCGCCGUACACCGGCAGUGGUUUGUCCUCCCCCGGCGCGUCUCGACUGAGGUUUACGACGAUGUCGCAGACGAAAAGCGCGGGUCGAACCUCCUCAUCGUCGCAUCCGAGGACUUUAGCCACCUUGAAGUGCGGAAGGUGGGGACCAUCACUCCCGAACGGGGGUUCUCGAGCUUCAAGUUCGUGCCGGGGACCCACGACAGUGUGAUUGUGGCGCUCAAGAGCAUGGAGAACGACGCGACGGACGCCCAGGCCGCGUACGUGACCGUCUUCACCGUGGACGGCGCCGUGCUCAUGCCCGAGACGGCCCUCCCAGGCACGUUCAAGUACGAAGGCGUGGCCUUCCUCCACGAUUAUUGAGUAGUACGUUAGUUGUUAAUAGACCCCCUGAACCUGUGAAACGUGAUAUUGGUUUCCGCCAUGUCCUCAUAACCUGUGAAACG